AUGCGACCACCGUUGCCUCGUCAAACACCUCCACCACUGUCUCCGACCAUGGCAUCAUCUUCUCUGUGUCCGAUCACCGGUCCAUGUACACGAUCCAAAACUCAGAGAAACAAAAAGGCACUGAUUCCAAGUUUCGCUGACCUUCCAUCAAGCCUUUUGGAAACAAUAAUGUCUCGUACUGUGUUAAAAGAUAACAUUCGUGCAUCUGCUGCAUGCAAGUCUUGGCAUGAAGCUGCAGUAUACGUACGAGUUGUGGAAAAGCAUCCAUGGCUUAUGUGCUUUCCUAAACGUGGUGGCAAUAACUUGUUCGAACUCCGCGAUCCACUGCAAUCCAAGUCUUACACAUUGAAACUGCCAGAGUUACCUAAUAACUCCACCGUGUGUUACUCAAGAGAUGGUUGGUUACUUAUGCGUAGAUCCAUCUCAUCAAACGAGACCUUCUUCUUCAACCCGUUUACUUGGGAGCUCAUAAGCUUGCCUAAGCUUGACCGAAAUCUUAAGGAGGCUGCAUUCUCUUGUCCUCCUACGUCGGAUAAUUGUGUGUUGCUAGCGUUAUGCUAUAAUCUGGGAUACAAUCUCGCUUUCAGAAUUUGGCGUCCUGGAGCAACUCAGUGGAUUGAUACUAGUGUGGUGCUUGGAUCGCUUGAGAUGCCGAGGCACGGCAAGCUUGUCUACCUCGAUGAUCGAUUCUAUCUCCUUAACUUGAAAGGAGGAUACUGGUUGUGUUCCUUUCAUCCAUCUUCCGACAGAUGGGAGUUUCGUCAGACUACGUGUCUUAAUGAUCAUAAUAACGAUGGUCCGCGUCAGCUACAUGGGCCGAACAAGAAAACAUAUCACUUGGCGGAGAAGAGAGGAGAGCUCUUUCUCAUGGUUACAUGCGGCAAAGAGAAGCCAAAGGUGUAUAAACUAGUCUCUAGUGAAUGGAAAGCGAUGAGUGACGCUGAGCUUGAUGGCUUGACGUUCUUUGUCAGUAUAUAUAGCUGUGAGGUGAGAAGUAAUCUCCCAGAGAUGAGGAACAAUGUCUACUUCUCAAGGUUUGGUAACAACCGCAAGCAUUGUGCUUACUACUCCUUUGAUGAAAGCAGGUACGUUCGGUACAAUGAAUCGCUUCUGUAUAAUUUAUGGCGCCACCGCGGGCUUGAACUUUGUCCUCCUCGUAGCAUCUGGAUCGACCCGCCAAGCAACGUUUUAGACUAUUUUGUUAGUGAGAGUGUUGCAUGA